AUGUAUGCAAAAAGAGACUCAUGGGCUGAAUCGUGUCUUAGAGGAAAGUUUUUCAGUGGUAUGUGCACCACUCAACGCGUGGAGUCCAUGAACAAGUAUGUGAAAGAUUACUUGAAGAAAGGCGUGAAGUUGUUUGAAUGUAUUCCAGCAAUUGAUAGGGCUAUGUUAUGUCUUAGGAAUACCACGGCGAAGGAUGGUUUCAACGCAAAGUACUCAACACCAGUCCUUAAAACCGCAUUGACAAAACUCGAGCAACAAGCUUCUCUGAUUUACACGCAUAGGUGCUUUGUAUUGGUACGUCAUGAGAUCAAAUCUUGUUCAAUACUCACUCAUGAUAAUGUGAUGCAUAAUUUUGGAGGUUAUGUAUACGUAUUGUCAAAAUAUGGUGAACUGCAUAAUAAUUGGACUUGUGUUUACCACGGUGGGGAAAAUAUGCGGAUAGAGUGUGGAUGCUGGAAAUAUGAAAAUGAAGGGAUCCCGUGUGGCCACCUGUUUUAUGUAAUGAAGUGCGAGCACUUUAUGGAAAUUCCUCCAGCGCUCAUAAUGAAGAGAUGGACAAAGAGUGCCCAAAGUGAUACAUGUAAGGAAUUUAUCGGCGAAGUCGAAGGCACUACCAAAGAAGUUAUAGAAAUGGCGAGGUAUGGAAGUUUAAGUGCUAUGUCAAACAAAGUAUGUUUUUAUGCAUCGAAGAGUGAAGAUGGUUAUGCCAUGUUGACGAAUGAGUUUAGUAGAUGGGAGGGAAUUUGUGAAGGCUUACGGCAAAAGGAAGAAAAGACAAGUCUAAAAUUGGGUAGUGCUGGGCAAUGUCCUCCAAAUAUUGUGGAAGAUCCAAAGAUCGUUAGGACAAAAGGCACUCAAGCAAGCCAAGGUGGAACAUGGAAGCGUCGACAAUGUCAUUUGUGUCACGGAUAUGGACAUACAAAGUGUAAUUGCUCUCAAAGAAACUUGCAUCCAAGUAGAAAUGCAGGUGUGAAUAUCCCUUCAGGUAGUGAAAGCUAUCAGUAUAGUUCGGAGGAAGGGCCGUCCCCAGACAUUAGCUACAGUUAUCCUAGUCAAACGGUUUCUCAAUGCAGAGGCAACUAUGUGGUUGAUUUGUCUGGUUCUGAUAAUUUUUCUACUACAGACCCAACCGGUUCUAUCCCCAACAGUGAUGAUGGUUUCUCAUUCGACAAUGGUGAACCUAUUUCCCUAUGUACUGGUUCAACCCAAAACAAUUGUAGUUUUGGAACUUGGUUUACAUGUAACAAUUAA